CCUGUGCUUCACUCCUCCUUCCACAAUAUGAUGAUCGCUGAAGGAGCCGGGCAGCUGCUUCUGGUUCGGGAAUCCUAACCUCCCCUCCCUGCUCUGUGAAAGCAUUUUCUUCCAGGCUGGAGGAGACCUGCACCCAGGGGGAGAAGCGGCUCAUCCCAGCCCUGUGCUAGCAGCUGCCGCACGACCCCCACUGCCUGGCAGACCCCUAACCUGACAGCCUGACCACUAAUGGCUGAGGGAUCUUCUCCUUCUGGGGGCAGAUAGAAGAAGAGGACCAGAGACCGACCCCUGUGUGCAAGACCCACCUGAUCACCCUACCACCAUGGUGUCUUGGCUCAUAUCCAGGCUAGUUGUGCUGAUAUUUGGCACGUUGUAUCCCGCAUAUUAUUCUUACAAGGCAGUGAAGUCCAAGGAUAUCAAGGAAUACGUGAAAUGGAUGAUGUACUGGAUCAUAUUUGCACUUUUCAUGUCGGUAGAAACGUUUACAGACAUUUUCCUGUGUUGGUUCCCUUUUUAUUAUGAACUGAAAAUAGCUUUUGUGGCCUGGUUGCUGUCUCCGUACACAAAAGGCUCCAGCCUUCUAUAUCGGAAAUUUGUUCACCCAACACUGUCCUCGAAAGAAAAGGACAUCGAUGAGUGUCUUAUCCAAGCUAAAGAUCGUAGCUAUGAUGCCUUGGUUCACUUCGGAAAGAGAGGCCUGAAUGUAGCAGCCACCGCCGCAGUCACCGCCGCUGCCAAGGCGUCUGAGCGGCUUCACACUUUUUAUUACAUGAACCAUGGGCAGGGCCAAGGAGCUCUCUCAGAAAGACUCAGGAGUUUCAGCAUGCAGGAUCUCUCAACCAUCCGUGGUGAUCCACCUUCUCCAGUGACAGUGCGGGCGGCAGGCAAAACAACCAAGUCGAAGCUCACCCGAAGUGCAACGCAGGUCUCCGAGGCCUCAGUAUGUCCGUGCUGCUCUGUCGGUAAAAUCCUCAGAGUUGUUGAGGUGGAAGUGGAUGAGUCUCAAAUGACCUGUAAGACAAACUAUGAGAUAAAGGAAGUCAUUGAUGAUGAUGAUGACGAAGCCAAGGAUUAUGUCAUGUUGGAAGACACAGGCAUACACUUCACAGCUCAGAAAAAGAAGGCCCAGCCUAUUGAGCCAAAAACUGGAGAUGGCCGUUACCCUGUUGAAUUGAAAAUAAUAAAUGAACCUCCACCUAGAGUCCAUAAACCUCGAUUCAGGAAGAAAGGUACCUUCGCCUCAACCACGGAAACUGCGUGAGUGCAGCCAACAUGGAGAUCAACAGAAUGUCUCUUCACUGCCUUAAAAUAAGCAAAUGAUGCCACUCACCAAGGGUGGCACAACCACCACCCCCCCAAAAAAAAACCCAGACUUGGCUGCCAUCUCCCCAAUAAUAGAAUAUCAUUUGGCUCUUAAACGUUAAAGGCAACAUGUCACUUGUACUAAGACUGACAUGGGUUUGGAACGUGAACUGUAAUGGUAUUCCACCAGUCAGCAUGUUAAUAGUAUGACCUGGCCAUGGGCGGUCCCGACCAUCUAGGUCCCCAGGUAGUGAGCCCAUAGUCGGCUCACACACAGUACAUGCCAUGUACUUUUUCUCAUUUAGAAUGCCGGUGUAGCCAUAGACCUCAUGUAGGAAUCCAUCAUGCAUUAUGGAGGCUUCCGUUGUACCUCCAAGCAGACACCAAACCUACUUAUACACAUUGAGGACAUCUUCUGAGAUACCUGCCGGCACCACCACCACCUCUCCUGGUCAAGGUGCCCCAGGUAGCGUAAGACCGGCUUGGACGUGGCUCACAGACAGGAACAUGUUGGUCGGCCGCCAUUUUGAAUAGUUGCUCACUUAUGAAAGCUAUGUGUGAGAUCGCCAUGUGGGGUCACUUGCUUUUUUUCUCUCUGUACCUGCCAGUUCUGUUUAUCACAUAUCCUCACUAUGUAAUAUGUUCUUGUGUUUGUAAAAUUCUCAUGUUCUGCAUUAGGAUGUCUGGUUCACAAUUGGUUGUCAGCAUUGAACAAUACAUACUCGUUAUUGGAAAAAAAUGAGGGACGGGAAAAUUAUUUAUCUCUUUUAAACAUAUCGGGUAUUUCUUUUUACUUACACGAUAUACCUUCAGAUUAAGUUAAAACGAAGGUCAGUUUUAAAGGCAAAUGAUCUUAGGAAUCAUCUCAUGGUCCAGGUGUGAUGCUCCAACAUAACCACAACUUACCUGUGUUCAUGCACUGAUAUUCUCUUAGCUAGCAAAAACUUGAAUGUAUUUGAUUCGUAUAUUUGAUUAUUUAUUUUUUCGCAGUUAUACCCUAAAUGGCAAAGGUUU